AAGUAAUAAUAUAAUUGUUUAUUAUAUGUUGAGUGUGUGUUAUAUAGAGCUUUAAUUAUAUCGUAAAGAAUGACUGCUGAAGGAAAGGAAGUGUUGGAUCAAUUAAGUCCAACUCAAGAACAUUUCCUAAAGAAGUAUCUCUUGGAGAAUAGAUUAACUAUUGAAUUACAUGAAUUAUCUAAACCAGGAUGCUGUCAAUUACUUGGUCCACCAUUUAAAAUUCAGAGCGAUAAAGAAGGCAACAAUAAUGAUGAGGAUAAGCAUCAGUCCUUACCAUUAUUGUCGUUCUUCUUUAAACAAUUUGUAACAGAAUUCCCAUUCAUAACUAAUAAUUCUCCCAAGGAUCAAUUGAAUUUUUGGCAGAAUACAGUUCAACCAUUUAUAGAAAAAUUUAAUCAAGGAAAUAUUAGUAGUUCAGAUGAAAGAAGAAAUAAUAUAACUAAACGGAAACAAGUAAAUAAGAAAUUUUUAUCUGGUUUACUUUUAUUUUUCAAUUCAACUUUAAUUACUGAUAAAGAUUUAAUUUAUCAAAAUCAAAGUCAUCUUAAAGCAUCUGAUACUGGUAAAAUAGAUAAACUUCAAAAAUCUUCAAAUGAAGUAGCCAUAUCAAUGGCUGGUUUACAUGAGUAUGAACUUUUCCAAUAUAAAAAUGAUAUAUCUAUAAAUAUUGUUAGUGUACGUGAUGUAUCUGCUACAUCUGUACCUGCUUAUACAUCUUGGAAUCCCUUACGAUAUUUAAGAACAUCUGAUACUCAAGUUCAAACUCAUAAUUUUGAUUUCAUAUUACAAAUUACAACUAGAAUGAAUUCUUUAGAUGGUGAUGUCAUCAAAUAUAAAUCUCAUUUUAUACCUCGUCAUUAUCAUGAAUUCAAACUUUUAUCGCAAUCUUUAAAGAAAGCAUAUCCCGGAUUAAUGGCAAGCAAAUCAUUUGAUCUUCCCGUCAAGAGUAAACUGGAUCAAGGGAUUAAUUCUCAAGAAUAUGAACCAUCAAUUUCAUCAAAGGUAUCUGAGAAUUCGGGUCAAUCGAAUUCAUUAUAUCGAGAAAAGUUAAGACUUGCAUUAAGAGGUUAUUUACGUAGUCUCAUUUCAAGACCAGAAAUUGUUCAUUCCAAAGAAUUCUUAAAGUUUAUAAAUGAUGAAAAUUUAAUAUUUCAAUCAUUAACUGUAGAUGAUUUGGUUGACUAUAAUAAAAGAUUAGAAAGUGAAAAGAAGGCAUUUGUAACUCAAUUAGAAUUUCAACAUCAGGCUUCUAAAGUAAUGUUACAAUUAAGUUCUGAUUUUGAUGAAUUCAAACUGAACUUAAUUAUGAAACCAGAUACUAUUUUGAAGAUAUUUGAGGAUAUUGAAAAAUCAUCUAGUAUAAAAAGUCAAUCAAAAGUUAUUAGAACUUUUAAUGAAUGGUGUAAAUUAGAAGUUGCAGCAACUAUUUAUCAAAUGUUUUUAAGUCAAGAUAAUUCUGGGGAAUGGUUAAAUAAGUGCAGGCGCUUUCAUAGAUUAUUUCCUUAUAAUGUAGUUUAUGGUAUAUUAAGAUUUACUAAUCCUGUUAAAAUAGUUGGAAAAGUUAUAGAUUUAUUAUUAAUGAAUAUACCAACUAUAAGUUUCCUGGGAUCUGAAAAAGGUGAAACAAGAAAUUUACUUUCAAUUAUUUUCACUUUAUUGUUGGAUGAAGACUUGACUGAUUUUGAAAAGGAGUUAACUGCAUUAAGAGAAGAUAAAUUAGAUACUGAUUAUGAUGUUUUCCUUGAAAGAAUUGAAGCAUAUUGUCAAUUAGAUACUAAUAUUGUUGAUGAUAUUAGAGAAGAAUCUAUGAUUAAAUCUCAAGAUUUUUUACUUACUAUAUUAUCAACUGAACUUAUUUUACCUCGAAUUCAAACUUCAUUAGAUCAGUUUAAAUUUAACAAAAUUAAAGAAUCUUAUGAGGCAUAUUCCCAUCUUAAUGAAGAUAAAGAUGUAACUAAAUCUGAAUUAUAUCUUAAUUUAAAGCAAUACUGGCAAGUUCAAAUUCGAAAGAAAGAUACAAAUUUAUUGAAGCAGUUAUGGAAAGAACCAGAAUUAACUAGACUUCUUAAGGAUUCAAUAUCAAUAUUUUAUCAACCAUUGAUUCGAGUGUUUGCUAAAGCAGAUAUGCAUGUUGUAUUUAGAUCAUUUCAAAUAUUCAUGGAUGAUUUAAUGAAAGAUCUAUACCUUUUAAGUAAUAAGGAAAUCUACUAUUUGAACCCUUUUCAAAUCUUUGAAAGGAUUAAAGGUUUAUUAGAUAAACAUGAAGAAGUUCUUUGGGAGUUCCUUCAUAAUGUUUAUGUACACGACGAGCAGCACUUGUUUAAAGGUAUAGUUAAAUGGACAGAGAAAUUCUUGUUAUUUUUACGUCUUAAGUUCGUCAAUGAGGAAGCUGUCAAGUUAAUUAUAUCCUUAAAUGGCGUUAGCUUAAAUGAAGAACUCUUCAUAAAACAACUUAAUGCCCAAACAAACAGAGUUGUGGAAAAAAGACGUUUAUUUAAAGAAUACUUUGAAAAUAAAUCCUUAAUAGGAAAGGGCAUUUCGGCCCAAGACAAGAUUGAUGAAGGAUGGGAAGAUGUAAAUGGAAAAUUAUUUGGAGAUACGAGUGCCGGUGACUUCGGUGUAAAUCAAGAAGAUUUUGAAGAAUUCAAUAAUAUGCAUGCUGAAGCUGAUUUGGAUGCAGAUGGAACCUUAGACAAUGACUUAAAGAAAAAGUUAUUAAAAUUGGAAGAAGAUGUAAAUGAAAUUGGAACUAGUGAGCUCGAUAAGUUAGAUGGUACUAUAAAGACUCAGUUGUCUAUACUAUUGAAGGAUAUAAAUUUAUAGAAUUGAUAAACUAUUACAAAUAUAUACUUUGCGAUUGCAAAAUAUUGAUGACAUUUUUUAAAAAAAAUGAAAAAAAGAAAAAUGGACGAGACAGGAAUCGAACCAGUGACCUCUUGCUUGCAAGGCAAGCGCGCUACCAACUACGCCACACGCCCUU